AUGCCUCCUAAAGUCGCUCCAUUGGAGUCAAAAAAGGUUCGCGCAAAGGAACGAAGACAAUUCACAAUUCUAUCGAAAAUUACGGAAAAGAUUGUCGAAAAAGCCAAGUCAGAAACGCCAAGUCAAGAGGAGCUAGAACAACUCGAAGCUGCAAUACCGAAACUCGAAAAAAUAAUUGAUGUGAUCAAACAUCUAGACAGCCUGAUUAUAGACGAAGUGACCGCUGAGAACAAUAGCUUUGACGGAGAAACGGAACAGGACGAGUCGACAGACCUACUGUUACGGAACUUACAAAAAAUCACUCGUGCAAAGAAGGUGAUAACAAAAUACGAUAAGAGCAAUGCCAAAACGCCGUCUAAACCUACAUCUACAUCAAGCAAGACGCUAACGUCUAAGCUCCCGAAGCUUUCACUUCCGAGAUUCAGUGGUGUCAUCACAGAAUGGCAGCCAUUUUGGGAACGAUUUGUCGUGGAAAUACAUACGAAUCCAAACCUUACAGACCUAAAUCGAUUCGAUUACCUCUACGGAUUGCUCGACGGAGAUGCCCUGGAUACCGUACGGGAUCUCAUACCUUCAUCUGCGAAUUACGUAACGCUUAAAGAAACGCUUUGUGAAACCUUCGGAAGGGAACAAAAAGUAAUCCAAGUUCACGUUCUGCGACUGAUUCAUUUGGAUAAGCCCGAAUUAAAAGGAACGAGUUUACGGUCUUUUUAUAACAGCAUUAAGACAGACUUACGUAGCCUAGCAAAUCUUAAAGUGUCAGUGAACGAAUCAGCGUCUAUUAUUGUGCCGAUCAUCGAAGAUAAGUUGCCAAAUAAGAUCAAAGGCAAUAUUGCUGACAUUGACAGAGAAAGACGAUACAAUUUAGAUACAUUCCUAGAAGCGUUAAAAAGACAGGUGGAACGGUAUGAAAACGAAAGCAGUGAACCAGAACAUUCCAAAGUCAGUAGUACACUUGCUGGUCCAUCUAACACUUACGUCGCAGUGGUUUCAGAUCAACGGAAAACAAACUGUGUAUAUUGCAAUGGGUCACACAGAUCUGUAGAUUGCAAAUCGGUAGCUGACUAUGAAAAACGGCAACAGGUGGUGAAACAAAAACGCUUGUGUUACAAUUGUUUAAAGCCACACUUACUGAAAGACUGUAAGUCUACUAGCACGUGUAGAGUUUGUAGGAGGCGGCAUCAUACCUCUCUUUGCAAAUCUAACGUCAAUGGGAACUCUAACGAUAGAAGAUCUCGAGACACACCAGUGAACAAAGGCUCAUCUCCAACGCAUUCGAAGGAUACACCUACUCACGAAGGCACAUCCCAAAAUGCAAAAGCUCAUGUGAAAACCGUUUCAACAGAAAACAUUCUGAGUGCAGAUUCCGGAUCAGUUCUAUUGAUGACAGCAGUAGCGGAUAUUUCAGCAACCGGAGAUGAUGCUGAAUCGUGUACAUUCUUAUUCGAUGGAGGUGCAACACGUACUUUCGUUACUCAAGAGACAGUAGCAAAACUUAACCUUCCCAUCGUCGGCCAAGAAAGUGUCAAUCUAGAGGUUUUUGGCAGGAACUCUUCAGAAGCCAAAAUCUGUGACAAAGUGAACUUUCAGGUACACACAUCAAACAAUGGAACUGUUGUAAUCAGAGUCGCACUUGUAGUGCCAGUAAUUACGGCUCCAGUCAAGAAUCGCAUCAACCCGUCGCUCCUGAGAUUAACACAUCUUCAUGGAUUACGUCUUGCGCAUCCGUUGUCAAAUGAAAAUCCGUUUGACAUAUCAAUUCUAAUCGGGAGUGAUUUCUACUGGGACUUUGUCGAAGGACCGAUAGUCAAAGGCAUAGGACCAAUAGCCGUCCAGUCGAAACUUGGUUACAUGCUUUCGGGACCUGUCGACCAAAGCAAUACGGUUUCUAAUCGACCUCGCAUUCUAAACGUCUCUAAUAACACGAGGGAAGACGAAAUUCGCUUGCAACAAUACUGGGAUUUAGAAACACUCGAUAUUACUGAUGACUCUAUUGAUCCCGUACCAUUGGAUUACAAAUCGUAUUGUGAAACUCACUUGCAUUACACUGAGAAUGGUUACGUCUCUCAACUCCCAUGGAAGGUUGAACACGCACCAUUGCCAACCAAUUACAAUGUCGCACUCAAACGGACUCGUAACAUGGUUCGGAAACUAACACCCGAGUUAUGUCAGGUGUACGAUGACAUUCUUAGUGAUCAGAUCAAACGUGGCUUCAUAGAAGAAAUCCUUGAUGAUGACAUCACAACAGGCCAUUACCUGCCGCACAGAUCUGUCAAACGAGACUCUAGUACGACUCCUAUAAGGAUCGUUCACAGCUGUUUCAGCUAG